CGCGCUUUGGGGCAGAAGCCCGGAGACGUCGUAGUCGACGCUUCGCCUGCCGGCGUUUCUGCUGCUGCCCGCGGCCCUUACCCCCCUCGCCCCUUCCCCCGCUCGUGGCCCCGCGUCUGCAGGCCUUCCCGCCGAGCCGCGCCAGGCGCUUCGAAGCUCCUGGCGUUUGCAAGGCCGGGCCCGGCCCCGACGCCGCGCCGCCUCUCGCCCUGCCCGACUGUCUCGCCUACUACUCAGCGCUGUCUUCUUUCCCAGGACUGCUGGUCAGGGGGCUGCAGGCGCGUGCUCUCGCCCCCCGCCGGAGCGACCCGGUCCUGCACGGGAGCGGUCCCUGGUAGAGGUUUGAGGAGCUUGUAGAGUGCCGUCCCGGCGCCCGCCCGAUCGCCCACCGCCCGGCCUGCCGGUGCGCUUCUUCCUGAUGCAGACUGCCGUCCACUAGAGGCUGGACAGACCCCCGAGAUUCAUGGCAGGGGACGUGGAAGGAUUCUGUUCCUCCAUCCAUGACACCAGUGUCUCUGCUGGAUUCAGAGCACUGUAUGAGGAGGGAUUGCUUCUUGAUGUCACUCUGGUUAUUGAAGAUCAUCAGUUCCAGGCCCAUAAAGCACUCUUGGCCACCCAGAGUGAUUACUUCAGAAUUAUGUUUACUGCAGACAUGAGGGAGCGAGAUCAGGACAAAAUUCAUUUGAAAGGUCUUACUGCUACUGGCUUCAGCCACGUCCUUCAAUUUAUGUACUAUGGGACUAUAGAACUGAGUAUGAAUACUGUUCAUGAAAUUCUCCAGGCUGCCAUGUAUGUUCAACUUAUAGAAGUGGUGAAGUUCUGCUGCUCUUUUCUGUUAGCAAAAAUCUGCCUAGAAAAUUGUGCAGAAAUUAUGAGACUCUUAGAUGAUUUUGGUGUAAACAUCGAGGGAGUCAGGGAGAAGCUGGACACUUUUCUGCUAGACAACUUUGUGCCUCUCAUGUCCAGACCUGACUUCCUUUCUUACCUGAGCUUUGAGAAGCUCAUGUCUUAUUUGGAUAAUGACCAUCUGAGCAGAUUCCCAGAGAUAGAGCUGUAUGAGGCUGUGCAGUCUUGGCUGCGACAUGAUAGAAGACGCUGGAGACAUACCGAUACCAUCAUUCAGAAUAUCCGAUUUUGUCUGAUGACUCCAUCCAGUGUUUUUGAGAAGGUUAAGACAUCAGAAUUUUAUAGGUACUCUCGUCAGCUGCGCUAUGAAGUCGACCAAGCAUUGAAUUACUUCCAGAAUGUUCACCAGCAGCCUUUGUUGGACAUGAAAUCAAGCCGCAUCCGCUCUGCCAAACCGCAAACUACAGUAUUCCGAGGAAUGAUUGGACAUAGCAUGGUUAACAGUAAAAUACUUCUCUUAAAGAAACCCAGAAUGUGGUGGGAACUGGAGGGCCCACAAGUACCUCUGCGCCCGGACUGUCUUGCUAUUGUCAAUAACUUUGUGUUCUUGUUGGGUGGAGAAGAACUCGGCCCAGAUGGUGAAUUUCAUGCUUCUUCCAAAGUGUUCAGGUAUGACCCAAGACAAAAUUCUUGGCUCCGAAUGGCAGAUAUGUCUGUACCACGUUCAGAAUUCGCAGUUGGUGUUAUUGGCAAGUUUAUUUACGCUGUAGCAGGCAGAACCAGAGAUGAGACUUUCUAUUCAACUGAGCGAUAUGACAUCACCAAUGAUCAGUGGGAAUUUGUGGAUCCCUAUCCAGUUAACAAAUAUGGACAUGAGGGGACAGUGUUGAAUAACAAGUUGUUUAUCACUGGUGGAAUCACCUCAUCUUCCACCUCCAAACAAGUAUGUGUGUUUGAUCCCAGUAAAGAAGGGACCAUCGAACAACGGACCAGAAGAACUCAAGUCGUCACCAACUGCUGGGAGAAUAAGAGCAAGAUGAAUUACGCAAGAUGCUUUCACAAGAUGAUCUCUUACAAUGGCAAGCUUUAUGUCUUUGGUGGUGUCUGUGUGAUCUUGAGGGCCUCUUUUGAAUCUCAGGGAUGCCCUUCCACAGAAGUAUACAACCCAGAGACUGAUCAGUGGACCAUAUUGGCAUCCAUGCCAAUUGGUAGAAGUGGCCAUGGUGUGACUGUGCUGGACAAACAAAUAAUGGUUCUUGGAGGCCUUUGCUACAAUGGUCAUUACAGCGAUUCCAUUCUCACUUUUGAUCCUGAUGAAAACAAGUGGAAGGAAGAUGAGUACCCACGGAUGCCCUGCAAGCUGGAUGGUUUACAAGUGUGCAACCUGCAUUUUCCAGAAUAUAUACUGGAUGAGGUCAGGCGAUGCAAUUAAUGACAUAUUUCUUUAAAAAAAUGCCAAACAAAAACAUUUGUUUGUGACAAAGUAGUUAAUUAAGAAGCAUAAAGAAGAACCUCACCAGUUUUACUGUCAAAGCCAUUGGUCUAAUAUAACCUUUUUCAUUCUGUGCUAGCAUCUUUUUUUUUUUUUCCUUUCAUUUUAGUGGCCUCAGACUCAUGCAAUAAGUUAAUUCAAAGCGCUAGCUCUUGAGUCUACUUCCAGAAACAGUUUAAUAGAAUGAUCACUUACUGGGAAGUUGAUCUUAUGCUUUAAACAUUUCUUUCAGAUGUCAGCAUAGGAGUGAUGCAUCUUCUGAGAGAAGACCUGGAAAGUGUCACUGGAUGCAGUCCUAUCUAUCUGAAGUCUUUGGACAUUUAUUUGUAGUUUGUUAGACAUUUUGGUUUAUUAAGUUUAAAACUCUUGACCUUUUUGCAUGGCUUUUUGCUGAAAAUGCAAAAAUAUAAAUUUUCUACAAAGUUAACUUUUUUAUAUUCAAAACACUAUUUCUAAGCUGCCUUCUCUUAUCUGCAUUGUGUUAGUGAAAGCAUAUCCAUACUUACAGACAUCUUACGAAUAUAUAAGGCACAUCCCCUUUUAUGCGUGGUUAGGAUUCUAUAUUUUUUAGCUAGUGCACUUGCACACACGGUUUGCCAUACUUGUUGAAUUUUAGAUGUAACGUCUUUUCAUGUAUUAACGUUUUUAGAAAGUUAAAAUAACUGGAGUCCUCAUUUGGUAUCAAAGUAGCCUAUCUUCAGUCCAUACUGAUUCAGUAAUAUCUAACUCCUUAUAUUCCUGAAACAUGUAUGGAUUUAUGAAAACUAACAUUUUGUAUUUUACUUUCAAAAGUUAAAUGUUAGUGUUCCUUAUUGAUGUUUGUCUUUUUGAAAAUGUUUUUCUUUGCAGUCUGUUUAAUGUUACCCUGUUUUUAGUGAGAAUUGGAGUGGUAUAUGACAAGCCCUGACCCUGCAGCGUGCAAGCACUUUUAAAAGAGAAUUUAGGGUGAUACCAGACUCCUGAUAAAGGCCCCUUGAAAAUUAAGUGCAACUCCCAUUCUGUACAUUCAAUAAGGCUGCUACAUCUGUUAUUGAAUGGAAAGUAGCAACUUGUGGAAAUUUGAGCUCAGUUUUGACUUAGAGGUGAGGAAUAGAAUUAUAAUCUUACUGGUCAUAUCUACUUGAUUAUUUAGUACAAAAUACUUAGCGGCACUAGGGAUGUAAGCCCUCAGCUUUUGUUUCAUUUAUUGAAAGCUUACUAGCAUGAAGGAUAAUAACCCCAAAGUUUGCAGAGUGGGUUAAGAAUAACUGUAAGAAGCAUUUAUAGUGUUUGAGGAUUAGCCGCACCUUCCAACUCUUUAAACUCGAAGGAAAGAAUAUAUAGUUGAGUAAGCAAGAAUUAUCAGGGAAUGGAUCAUCCAGAUUGAUGCCAUUUUCUCCUGAGUAGAGUCUAUAUCUGAUCCAGACUAGAUCUACACUGGCGAAACUUGCCAGGUCUUAGGAUAUUGGUGCAAUAUUGCAAUGCCUUCUUAUAUGGCUGUUGUAUAAAUUGUCUAGUUACGUUUUGUUUUUGCUUUUUUUUUUUUUUUUUUUUUUUUGCUGCUGCCACCACUGAACAGAAAAUGAAAAGAGUGAAGUCAUGGAAACGUGAAGACUUUUUUUUUUUUUUUGGCAAUUAAACAACUAGGAACUAAAACCAAAUUUUAAAACUGCAAAGCUGAAGACAUUUGAGUUUAAGAUACAGUCAGCAAGACAUGUAGCUUUUGAAAAAGAAAAACAGUGGCAUUGGUUUAGAAAUCAGGUUAAUAGCAAUCUUUUGUAUAUGAGACCUAAAUUUUUUUUUUAUCAAGUCAUAUUUGCUUUGUUUCUAAAACUAAAGUUUGAUAUCUUGUUUCCCAUGGUAAUAUGGGUAAAAGUCUUUUUUUUCUACAUUUUAAAAAUCAUUUUUUUAUUAUUUUACUUUUGAGAACUAGAAUUAGAUUAGCCAUUAAAUUCUCUUUCUGAUAUAUUAGUUAUAGUGUUUUGUAUGUGUGCUUUCUUGCUUUAAAGAAAAUAACAAUAGUGUCUUCAUUACUUUCCUCAUUGUUGUCUUGCUGGAAAGACCGAGACAGGGCACCCCUAUCAGAGGCUUUUAUACCCGUGGCGGUUCUCUUUAAUUGCUUAGAUAGGGCUUCAUAGCCCUAGUUAGGGUAAGAUCUGGGCGAACAGUUUAAUAGUCUCUUGGUCUUCCUGUUUCAAGAUACAAGACCAAGGUUAAAGUUCAUGUUUUAGAAAAUUUGUGAAAUCUUAACUUGAACUAACUCUGGGUUCAGCUUCACACUUAAGUCAUGUCUGACCUGAUGUUAGCUGUAAUCAGUUUGGAGCUUUAAUAAUAGUUGCUAUUGCUCGGUUUCUGAAUGUAUGAGAAAAUUCUGUUUGUACGUAGUGCUAAUCUAGGUUGUUUUAAAUCCACAAUUUACUUACAUUCCCUUUUAAAAUUAAGGCUUAAUUGCUGACAGAGAUUUAUUUUUAUUAUACUGAACUAUGGAAAUUCAUAGAUUUUUUUUUUUUGCAAGUUUAUUUUUUGUGUACUUCAUUUGGAACCAUUCUUGAUAAACAUUCUAUGUACUCAAAAUAGUUUUUUAAUUCAAAGAGAUUUGAAACUAUACAGUAUAACUGUUAUCUUUGUGUUAAUUUCCCCUUCACAUUUUAAAUGCCAGUUGUUAAAAGAUAGCUGGUUUUCAUAAUUGCAACUUAAUUAGAAAUGUUUUUAUACUUCCAUAUUUUUUUCCCAUACUUCCAUAUUUUUGAUCCUUCUUAGUUUUAGUGUUGAUAUGUUUAAAAAAAAAGCCUUGCACUACAACCUUUUCAUAAAAUUUAAGAUUCUCACAUUGAAGGUUUUGUAUUGGACGAAGUACUACUGGUUAAAAAAAGAAGCAAAGCUUAAUUAGUAGAAUUAUUAGCUUUUAUUGAGACAGCUUUCUCUGUAUCCUCUUCGCUCUGCUCUGUGUGUUACUAUAAUUUGUGAAAUAUUGACUGAGCCCUUCACUUACCUUUUCUAAAGCAGCACCUUUGGACACCUCAUUUUGGGAAGCCUGCUCGAGUCAUAGUAAAGGACACACACAUUUGUGUGGGUAGAGGUGGUAAAAAUACAGAGAGUUUUGUCUUAAUUACAUGAAACUAAGCUUUAAAAUAUUUUAUAACAAAUUAUUUGAGCUGCAUAAUCUAAACAUGUCAAACGUUCAGUGGGACUAUUUUUAUAUAUGUAUAUGUGGUUGUAGGUCAUAACAUUUCAGUUUAUAAUAUAAAUUGUUAUUUCAGUUUAUAAGCUAUAUCUCAAAAAAGACUAGCUUUUUGCGGAUACAUAAUUUAAAGUUUUAGACUGAAGUAAAACACAACAUAGAUAGUGGUGUAAAUUAGAUAUAAUCGAGGGCUACAUGGCAGUGAGACUGCUAGUGCCAUUUUCCUUGUUUGCCUAUUACACAUGUUUGAUUUUGUUUUUGUACUCUGAACAUUUUAGGGAUCAUAUGUUUUUCUCAGUCAGAUUACACUUGGUUUGGGAAUAAAUAUCUUCUAAAACAGAUUUACCUUAAAAACUAAAGUCCUGAAAAAUUAGCUUAUUGAGAAUUUAUAAAGUCAAAUAUUCACUAGACAUAGACUGGAAUAGAACAACUCAUGGAAAUCAUACCCUCUCAGUAUACCAGUAUAACUUCAAUAUUACACAAGUAACACUGAGAGAAUGCCAUCAGCAUUGUUUGUUCCCCCUUAAUACUCUUGGAUUUUCAUUUUACAUCUUUGGGAACAAGUUCAUUAAAAAAAUUUGCUAAUCAGUAUAUCAUUAAGAAUUAGGUAUUUGCUUUCUGAAGGAAUGUUCCAGUGAGGUGAUUGGAGAGGUUAUUUUCUACCUAACUUGUAUAUGCCCUAUACCUCUUGGGCAUACUUUGUCUAUAGAAAAAUAUUUUGACCUUUAGGUACAUUUUGGGCCAUUAGUCAAAUAAUCCUAGGGCCGAUUGAAAAAAAAAAAGUCUUAGAAUAAUUUAAGGUUUGCCUUUUAUACCUGUUUUGAAAGCCUUUACAUUUUUGUCAGGUAAUUUUUCCCAAGCCGUGAAUAUAAUCUCUUCAAACAUGUUUAUGCUAUCCAUUCUGUUUUUAAAUUGAAAAAAAUGUUAAAGUGUUUAUGAAGAAAAGUUUAAAUAAAAUAUUUUUAAUCUUUAAAA